CAGCAUUAUAGGGAGCUGUACCUGUGCUGGAGCUUUGACGCGCACUGGCGAUGCCUAGAGUUGGAAGCUCAACACCAGCUUGACUACAGCAAGGCUUCACAGCCGCGUAUACCUCCAUUCUUGACUUAAAAUCCUCACCAAACCGUCCCAUACGAUACUUACAACUGCCUCGAUAAUCUUAGAAUCACUGGUGUCUCUACAACGUAGCCAUGGCCGACCGCUACUCGUUCUCACUUACCACCUUUUCCCCAAGCGGGAAGCUCGUACAGAUCGAGUAUGCCCUCAACGCAGUUAACCAGGGUGUAACAGCCCUUGGUAUCAAAGCCACCAAUGGUAUCGUCUUAGCGACCGAGAAGAAGUCGUCAUCCCCGCUCACCGACCCCGCCUCUCUAUCCAAGAUCAGCCUCAUCACUCCCAACAUCGGCAUGGUAUACGCUGGUAUGGGUCCAGAUUACCGAGUCUUGGUCGACAAAGCCCGCAAGGUCUCUCACACCAACUACAAACGGGUCUACAACGAGUACCCUCCCACCCGGAUAUUAGUACAAGACGUCGCACGAGUGAUGCAAGAAGCUACACAGUCCGGUGGUGUUCGACCUUAUGGCGUCAGCCUUCUAAUUGCUGGAUGGGAUGAGGGCAUCCUGCCAGAUGAGCAAGCUGCGGUGGAAGGUGAGACGACUGAGGACGAGAAGAAGCCAACGGGCAAAACUGGUGGCAUACUUAAAGGAGGACCCAUGCUCUACCAAGUUGACCCGUCCGGAGCUUACUAUCCCUGGAAAGCUACCGCCAUCGGCAAGAGUGCUACCUCAGCCAAGACGUUUUUAGAGAAGAGAUACACUGAGGGUCUCGAGCUAGAAGACGCUGUGCACAUCGCUCUACUAACACUGAAGGAGACUAUUGAGGGAGAGAUGAAUGGACAGACUAUCGAAAUAGGUAUUGUUGGACCGCCUGCGGAUCAUCUCCUCGGCGUUGAGGGUGUUGAGGGAGCAACAGGACCCCGCUUCCGGAAGUUAACGCCGCAAGAGAUUGAGGAUUACUUGACAAACAUGUAAUGUGGAACGUUCUAAACUUCACGCAGCCUCACAUGUA